UCACGCUCGGUACCCGCGCCCCGCGGCGGCAGCGCACAACGCACCGCCUCCGCCAGAGCCAGGGAAGCGCUCGGGCGAAGAGGAGGAGCCAAGGGUAUCGAGCGGGUGGAGUCGGGAGCCAGAGAGCGGUGGAGGCGGAUUUCCUGGGCCCGGCCCUCUGGAGCUACCAUGGCGUUUGGCAAGAGUCACCGGGAUCCCUACGCGACCUCCGUGGGCCACCUCAUAGAAAAGGCUACAUUUGCUGGAGUUCAGACUGAAGAUUGGGGCCAGUUCAUGCACAUCUGUGACAUAAUUAACACUACCCAGGAUGGGCCAAAAGAUGCAGUGAAAGCUUUGAAGAAAAGGAUUUCCAAAAACUACAAUCAUAAAGAAAUCCAACUUACCUUGUCACUUAUUGACAUGUGCGUGCAGAACUGUGGUCCAAGUUUCCAGUCUCUGAUUGUGAAGAAGGAAUUUGUUAAAGAGAAUUUAGUUAAGCUACUGAAUCCUAGAUACAACUUGCCAUUAGACAUUCAGAAUAGAAUCUUGAAUUUCAUUAAGGCUUGGUCACAGGGUUUCCCAGGAGGUGUGGAUGUAAGCGAAGUCAAAGAAGUAUACCUCGACCUGCUUAAGAAAGGCGUUCAGUUUCCUCCCUCAGAAGCAGAGGCUGAAACAGCAAGACAAGAGACUGCUCAAAUCUCAUCAAAUCCUCCAACAUCUGUCCCUACUGCACCAGCUCUUUCUUCUGUAAUUGCUCCAAAGAACUCGACUAUUACAUUGGUCCCAGAACAGAUUGGAAAAUUGCACAGUGAAUUGGAUAUGGUGAAAAUGAAUGUGCGAGUGAUGUCCGCCAUAUUGAUGGAGAAUACGCCUGGGUCUGAAAACCAUGAAGACAUAGAGCUUCUGCAGAAACUCUAUAAAACAGGUCGGGAGAUGCAGGAAAAAAAAAAAAAAAAACUUGUGGUGGUGGAGAAUGAAGAUGUAACUGUUGAGCUAAUUAAAAAAAAAAAAAAAAAGAAUAAUGCCAUCCUUGGAUAUGAGAGAAAAAAAAAAAACCAACAAAGGAUUUUGGAGCAAAAUAACCAGAAGGAAGCAAAAAAAAAAACCAGUGAGCCUUCUGCCCCAUCUCAAGAUCUCCUCGACCUAAAAAAAAAAAAAAAAAAACCUAGGGACACUCUGGGAGAACUCAACACCAUGAAUAAUCAACUUUCAGACUUAAAUUUCAGCUCUCCAAGUUCUGAUGUAACAAACAACUUAAAACCCAGUCUUCAUCCACAGAUGGACUUGCUAGCCUUGGAGAAUACAGAAUAUCCUAGGUUUUCCCAAAGGAUCAGCCAAAACCUCACCUCAAGCCACGCAUAUGAUAACUUUCUGGAACAUUCAAAUUCAGUGUUUCUACAGCCGGUUAGUCCACAAACCACUGCAGCAGCACCAUCAAACCAGAGUCUGCCACCUUUGCCCAGCAAUCAUCCAGCGAUGACAAAAAGUGAUCUCCAGCCACCUAAUUACUACGAGGUAAUGGAGUUUGAUCCCUUAGCUCCUGCUGUCACUACAGAAGCUAUUUAUGAAGAAAUUGAUGCUCACCAGCACAAAGGAACUGAAAAUCAUGGUGACUGAGAAGAAAGUGGAUGAUCAGCUCACUAGCCACAUCAAAGGUGCCAACUCUCUAAAGGGUAGACUGUGCAGCUUUGAAGCCUGGAAGACAAUACCUGCCACCAUGUCAAAGCCACGCUGGAACAUUUCUGCUAUGAUGAUGAUUAAAUAGAAGAAUAACAGUUCCAGGAUAACACUGAUUCCUGACAACAGCGUGAGAUUUCAACAGAACUUCUUGGGAACAAAUACUCACUUAAAACUUCAGCAGCAGAAAAAUUACUUAGUCCUUAGGCCAACCAAUUUAACUGCAGUGUCAUAUAUUUCACAGGCCCUCCUACAUUUAGAAAUCGUCACACAGGUGUGAUAAGAGUAGAUUAUUUUACUACAAAAUAAUUCUGAAUAGAUGAAAGCAUAAAAUGUGAGAAAUUGAAUGUAUUAUUCAGGAAGAAUACUGAGUGCCUUCAUUUAACUAAAGUUGAAUGUAAAAGUCAAUUUGCACUUCUUUAUAAUCCUCUGGUUUAGAACUGUAAAUUGUUAAAACCUUGAUGAUUGUCAUUUAAUUGUAUUUCAGGUGUCCUGAACAGGUCACUGGACUCUACAUUGGGUGGCCUUGAAAUAUGAUUCUUUGUAAUGCUAAAUAGUCUUUUUUUCUCUUUUUACUGCAACUUAACAUUUCUAUUUGGAACACAGAAAAUGAAAAUAUUUAGAAUAAGUUGUACAUUUGAUGACAAAUAAAUCACUAUUAAAA